AUGUUGGGAAUACUCACUUCACCGCUUAGGGUGGCGCGUGUCAGCGCUGAUAAGCACCGCCUUUGCGCCUGUAUCAGCGACCAGGGUCUUGUCGGUGUUCAGAUCAACGACGAUGCAACAAAAGCAGUUGUCAACGCGUACGACGGACGGUUCGUUUAUGCUGGAGGCAAUUGGUUUUCUGAUGAGCUACACGGCGCGCCGUACAGCGGCCCUUACUGGCAUGCGAUAGAGGGAGCAGUCAACGGUGCCAAAGAUGAUGGGUGGGUUGGCGGUGAUGAGGCGCAUGGGCUUUGCAAGAAGCAGAAUUGCGACAGUGCAUGCUUCUCGCCUGGGGAAUCUUUCAACUGGCAGGGCUGUGGGCCAGAUGAUGAGUGCUUCACCUCCAAGGCAAAGAAGACGGAUAAGUUUGGUAACCCUGUGUAA